UUGGUAAUCCUCAAAAUGCAGCAGAUGUUGAACCAAUUGUUAAUUUUGGGGAAAAUGAACAUAAAUUAUUCUUCACAGACGGUCUUCAAUAAUCUUUUCUUACUUGUAAAAUGCAGCUUUUAAAAUUUUUAUUUCACUUUUAUAUCCAUUUUAGUUAUUAACAGUUUAGUAAGAAAGUAAACAAUGUGUGUAUAAUUUUAAUUAUUUUCAGAGAGACAUGGCUAAAGUCCACCCAAUCUAUAAAGACCAUCUUAGAGAUAAUCCCGAUAAUUUGGUGGAACAUUCAAAAGACGGUAUGCAGCUAGUGUUGGAAAAAAAGUAUGCUUUUGUCUACAUGAGAAUGAUUCUGAAAUGGUUUACAGCAGUGUUGGGAGAAGAAAGAUUCCAUCUCUCGAACGAGGUCUUCAGCAUAGAUUUCAUAGCUGCUGCUAUUCAAAAAUGCCAUCCUUGUAAACAGAGUUUUGAUCACAUAGUGAACAGAUUAGAGGAAUGUGGAUUUUUUUCAAAGUGGUAUGACGAUGAAUUUAUAAAAGCAACCAUUAAAGCCCCUCGAGUAACAGUUACUGAAGCAAGAGCUUUAUCUAUGGAUGAUUUACAAGGAGCAUUUUAUUUUCUUAUGAUUGGUAACUUUCUAGGAUUCAUGGAGUUAGUAACACAGCUUAUUUUGGCAACUUUGUACAGAAAAACUAAAAAAAAGAUUUUUAAAAGAAAGAAACCAAAAACGAUCCACAGAAGGAGAAAAAGGAUGCAUCAUGCUAACCCUUGGCAUACACAUAGGUAGUUCUGAUUAUAGUAAUAAAUCACAUUUAGAUGUUA